AUGGCGGGCGAAGAAAUGAAUAAUCCUUAUGAGCAAGAACAGAUUAAUAUUUUAGAUAGAAUUAUAAAGAAUAUAGAACGACUAAAUCAAAAGUGUCACUAUUUUGAAUACAACUUUAAUAGAUAUAAAUCAAAAAAUAAAAAUUUAGAAAUAAUGGGUAAACUUUCAGAGAAUUAUAAUAAUAAUUUACAGUUCAAUUUAGAGGCUUCAGGAAAGAGAAAUGGACCACUUUGA